AUGGUUAUGAUCUCAAGGUGGUCCGUGCAAUUCGGGGAAGCAGGCGGAAUCUGGCAGAGACCUGUAAGCCAUGUGGUGCCAAACCCCUCCAGCCCCAUAGUGACCGGGUUCUCUGGACUUCCGACUCCUGUCCAAGGAUACAGGCCAGAACGGAAAAAAUUUUCCUCACCCGUUUACACCCAACCAACCGAUCUCAUCCACAUCCAAUCCUCGCCUUCCAUUCCAUUUCAGCUCUCUGGUUUCUUCCCCGUGAUUUCCCUGUAA